AGCGGAGGCGGCCAGCUUUCGGCCUCUGCUGAGAAGUCGUCCUCUGCACAGCUAGACUGGGAGAGACGUUGCUGCUUGAAACCGCGUAGCCUGCAGACGCUGAACUGGGAGGCCGCCCCUCCCAGGGAAGCAGCCCCGAUUCCCUGGAGCGCAGCCUGGGAUAAGGGGCUUCCGACCCAGCAUUGCACAUUUGGCUUGAGCUUGUGUCCCCGAGUCAGCUUCUCAGCCCCGUGCGAUGUUAACUGCAUGACAUACAGCCCUGCGCCGAAUCUGUCAGAGGCGGCUUCGUGUUAAACUUCACCUAAACUUCCCGAAAUGAUACCUGUCCCUGUGCUGAGAAGGCAGGCGCUGGUCUGCUGUGUUUCUCUUGCCGCAGCUAGUAAACCUCACUUCUUUGUGGGUGGACAGGUGUGUCCCUGGUGGUCUGUAGCAAAGGGACUUGAAGUUUUAUCAGCCUCCUGAAGCCGAGAGCUUCGGAGUGCAAAACGUAUAUGUAUUUUUAGAAAGGUAAAUACUUUGUUGUACGGUGUUAUUUGGAGGCAGCUAUGCUCACCACUAUACACCGAGGCAGCCGUACAGUAUUAUUCGCACUUUAUUUUAUUUUCUUUUAACCCUGACCUACAGAUGGACUUUAUUUCUUAGCAUCACCCUCUCUUAAAACAAAAUUUUACUUCGAUUCCUUGAAUAAUGGAACUGGCUGCAGGUGGUCUUUGUCCAUCCCUUGAACAUUAAAAAUAACCUCAAGAGGCCGGGUGUGGCGGCACACGCCUGUAAUAUCAGCACUUUGGGAGGCCAAGGCGGGAGGAUCACUUGAGGUCGGAAGUUAGCCUGGCCAACAUGGUGAAACCUCGUCUCUACUAAACAUACAAAAAAUUAGCCAGACGUGGUGGCACACGCCUAUAAUCCCACCUACUUGGGAGGCUGAGACAGGAGAAUCACUUGAACCUGGGAGACGGAGGUUGCAGUGAGCAAAGAUCGCACCGCUGCACUCCUGCCUGGGAGACAGCAAGACUCAGUCUCAAAAAAAUAAAAAUAGGCCAGGCGUGGUGGCCCUCGCCUGUAAUCCUAGCUCUUUGGGAGGCCGAGGCCUGCGGAUUGCCUGAGCUCAGGAGUUGGAGACCACCCUGGGCAACAGGGUGAAAUCCGUCUCUACUAAAAUACAAAAAAUUUGCUGGGCCUGGUGGCGGGAGUCCUAGCUCCCAGCAGUAGCUGGGCCUCCCAGUAGGGGAGGCCGAGGCAAGAGAAUUGCUUGAACCCGGCAGGCGGAGGUUGCAGUGAGCCGAGAUCGUGCCACUGCACUCCAGCCUGGGCGACAGAGCGAGACCGUGUCUCCAAAAAUAAAAAAAAUAAAAAUAAAAAUAACCCCAAGAGAGGCAUCUGUACUGAGCAUGACUUAUUUUCUGUCAGUCAUGUACAGCAUUGUAGUGAAUGGAGCAAAACAACUGUCCCUUCCCACCGUCCAACUGCCUCUUGGUUGUAUAUGAAUUACUUUGUAAAUUUCUUUGCUUCAUUUCUUUUAAAUAAGAAUAGUACAGUUUUAAUCAUUUGGUCCUCAGGAUGAUCACAUUAUCAAAAUGAGGGAAUUUGGGGGUGGUGGGGAGGGCCACCUGGUAAGAUAUUAGCAGAAUAAUCCUACAAAAGGAAGGUUAUUUGAUUACACCCACCCUCAGGCAUUGAAAAGGGGUCGGAAGUGAAUGGAGUAAACACCUGACAGCAGCGAGCUGGGAUUGAGGACAAAAGAGCACGCAUAGGACAAUAGAAAAAUCUGAAAAACAAGUGGUUCUCCUCUUCUGGACUUUGAGGUUAUAAGGAGGCUGACUAAAAACUUGGGUUUACAUUAAUUUCUUCAGAUGGCCCAUACUUUGGAACCACUAGCAAAGAAGAUCUUUAAAGGAGUUUUGGUAGCCGAACUUGUAGGCGUUUUUGGAGCAUAUUUUUUGUUUAGCAAGAUGCACGCAAGCCAAGAUUUCAGGCAAACAAUGAGCAAGAAACAUCCCUUCAUCUUGGAAGUUUAUUACAAAUCCACUGAGAAGUCUGGAAUGUAUGGAAUCAGAGAGCUAGAUCAAAAAACAUGGUUGAACAGCAAAAAUUAGAUCCAGUCAUCACGUUCAGCCUCCCAUCUAAGCUGUUUGAGACCUUUGGGAGAAGAAGAAAAGGAGUGUACUACCACACUGUAGACUCUUGGUGGUCCCACAGAACAUGCUGCGGAGUCACAGGAACUUCUAACCUGCCUUGGCCUGCGGUUUCCCACACACUAUACAAACCCACUGCUUGUUUGUUGCUUUUCUUAUCAUAUUUAUUGUCAAAGAUUAAUGUUUCAAAAAGAAAUAACUAAGGAAGGAAAAGAAACAAAUGCUCUAAAGAUUUUCUCUCCCCAAGCACUUUUACUGGUGAAAUAAAAACCAGUAACAAUCAAUAUCAGAAAUAGUUAAAAUGUCUAUAAACAGGUAAAGUUACUUAGCAAACUCAUGCUGUAUAAAAAUGGCCCACUUCCCUAAAAAAAAGUAAUUUUUGUAGUCUGCAAGGUUUUUUUUUUUUUUUUGCUGUAGUCUAAAUACUGGUUAAUCUUACAUGUUUUCCUGAGAGAAGAAAAAGCCAUUCCUUCCAGGUUGUAAAGUACCAUGAAAAGGUCUUUCAAAAAUAUUCCUAUCAGCCAGGCAUGGUGGCUCACGCCAGUAAUCUCAGCACUUUGGGAGGCCAAGGCAGGCGGGUCACCUGAGGUCAGGAGUUCAAGACCAGCCUGGCCGACAUGGUGAAACCCCCUCUCUACUAAAAAUACAAAAAUUAGCUGGGCGUGGUGGUGCAUGCCUGUAAUCCCAGCUACCUGGGAGGCUAAGGCAGGAGAAUUGCUUGAACCUGGGAGAUGGAGGUUGCAGUGAGCCAAGAUCAUGCCACUGCAUUCCAACCUGGGCGAGGGAGUGAGACGCUGUCUCAAAAAAAAUAAAUAAAUGAAUAAAUAAAAUAAAAAAAAAUUUCCUAUCUUCUGAAGUUCUAAGCCAAAGCUAUUUGUAGAACAUCAAUAAAAAAAUUUAAGUUACUUACUUGCAUUAUCUUUGUUAGCCAUGGCAUUCAUGCCAAUGUUAUCAAACUUGGAUCCCAUAUUUUCAUCCAAUAGAUGGCCAAACUUAAACAAAAAAGAUAAAUUUAUUAGAAAACUAAAAAUAAUGUAGAAUAGCUAGCUUCUUAAAACAGUAUGUUAGCCUUACCUCUUCAGCAGAUACAAAUAGGCUGGAAUCAUUUAAGUUUCUUUUCUUUUUUCUUGGCCCUAAAAAAAAUUUUAAGUCUACAUUAUUCAAUUAUAAAUCUAAUGAUUUUAGAAAAAUGCAAUGCAACAUGAUUUUAUUUUAAAAAUUAUACUUGGGUAAAAACAAUUGCAAUAAUCUUCUAGCACCAUUGGGUAGCUGGCAUUUAAAUAUAAUUUAAGAGUUAGUAUAUAAUAUUUUCAAAAAGCUAACAACAUCCUAAUAGAACUGUUCAGAUGACAAGAGUGUCUUCUUGCUUUUCAGAUUUGGUCACUGAUCGAGGUUUACCCAUAAAGGAAAUAACAUAGUAUCAAGCAAUAGUAAAAUUAUCAGUUUGACAUGGAUGGGUUUUGAAAUACUUAAGACAAAACAUAAAAUUUAGUUCAGGGGUCUUUAGAUUGUAAAGAAAUUGACUGAAAGUAUGUUUAUUAUGCUAUAAAUGAAGUUCUGUUUAUAACACCGAAAGAAGUUCUCCUUUAAAAAAAAACUUACCUGUAGUACUGAAUAUAUAAACUUUUCCUGAAAAGUCUCUUUUCCUGAAACAAUUAUUCAAACUCUGCAUCUUUGAUAUCAAUGUCUCUGGCAGUAGUAGAGCCAUGUUUUAAAAAGAGCUUUACUAAAUACCGAUCAUAACGUUCAGCUGUUUUAAGUGUAUUAACGCAUUUUAGUAAAUUUACAGACUUGUUCAACCACAAACACAGUCCGAUUUUACAACAUUUCCAUCAACUUCAAAAGAUGCCUGGUGCCAUUUGUAGUCCUCCAACCCAUCUCCAAUCUAUCUUGUUUCUAUGACUUGCCUUUUCUGGCUAUUUCAUAUAAAUGGGAUCAUAUGACAUGUGGUUUCCUAUAUCUGACUUUUUUCAUUUAGCAUAACGUUUUUGAGGCUCAUCCAUGUUGUUGUACUCCAUGCCAUAUUGUGGGCUACAUAAUAUUCCAUUGUAUGGAUAUACAUUUUGCUUAUCAGUUAAUGGACAUUUAGGUUGUGUCCACUUUUUGGCAUUAAUAGUGCUGCUAUGAACAAUCAUGUACAAGUCUUUGUAUCAGAGCCACUUUUGAUAAAAUAGUUUCUAAAACAUUUCAUCUUGAUUUUUAUUAAGGUGCUAUAUAUGUUACUUAACAGCUGUGUAAUACACAUUUGCAUGCAUUAGGAAGGUUUUUUUUGGUUUUAUUCAUCCUGUAGUGAUGUAUCUGUGACCUCAAUGAGUAGGCACUUCUGUACUGUACUGGUUUCUUAAAGUUUCUUUUAUCCCGCCCCCACCCCCAACCUUAAGCCUCAAGUAUGUAACACCAUGCCUGGCUAAUUUUUGAUUUUUUUUUUUUUUUGGACAGAGUCUCGCUUUGUUGCCAGGCUGGAGUACAGGGGCACAAUCUCAGCUCACUGUAACCUCUGCUGCUGGGUUCAAGCGAUUCUCCUGCCUCAGCCUCCCAAGUAGCUGGGCCUACAAGUGCGUGCCACCACGCCAAGCUAAUUUUUGUAUUUUUAGUAGAGAUGGGGUGUCAUCACGUUGGCCAGGAUGGUCUUGAUCUCUUGACCUUGUGAUCUACCCACCUUGGCCUCCCAAAGUGCUGGGAUUACAGGCGUGAGCCACUGCGCCCAGCCAUAUUUUUGAUUUUUUGUAGAGAUGGGGUCUCAUUGUGUUGCCCAGGCUGAUUAAAGUUUCUGUAAGGUAUGUUUAUUCUUAAGGCUAUCUACUCUUAACACCUGUAAAUGUAGGGUGAUCAAUUAGUAAAUUAAUAAAUCUGAAUUAAUAAAUCUGUUUAAAAUUC